CACAGCGAUGAAGCUCCACACCGCAGCAAUCCUGCUCCUCUUCUGGCUUGCCAUCUUCACUGUGCACACAGUCAAAGGGAGUGCUAGUAGUCAGUCCAUGCAAAAAUUUAGUUGUGUAACUCUGUCAAAUAAACAACGGAAUGUCCGAAAUCUUGUGAGCUAUGAAAAGAAACAAGUACCAACAGAAGCCAUCAUGUUUAUCACUGCAGGAGGCAUCAAGAUCUGUGUAAGUGCUAAACAGAAAUGGGUGCAGACUGCUAUGAAGAAAAUAGAUGAAAGACGUGCUGCCAAACGCUAAAAAUCCUGUCCUAGGAAAGCAUCUACAAACAACUACCUGAAAUCAUCCUCAGUGCUGCAAGUAACAAGGGAAAGCUUAUUAUUUGCUUUUAUUUGCUUGCUUUUAAUAAAUGGCAGUAAACUCUCUGGACAAACACAAACUCAACUCCCACAGAAACUGGAAGA